AUGCUUCCUUUACGACCAGGACCGAUGCUUUUAUUGCCUGCCGUUCAAUCUCAUAUUCGAUUUAUUCGCCCAGAAAAUCCAAUGAAUAAUUCAAAUUCUCUUUCGUCAUUACCAAAAUCAUUUCCGAUUCCAAUAGAAGGACGAGAUGAUUUUUUUUCUGUGGAUCCAAGAUCACUGAGUAUUGAACAACUCAAUAAAUAUAAAACAGAAAUAGAUCAAUUAAUUAAUGCAGAAAAAAAUAAGUUUGAAAGAAUUCAAAACAAUUCAAGUGCACGUAUCGAUACAUGUAUGAGAGGUUCUUCGAAAUGCUUUCGUGUGCGUUGUGUUAAAAAAUGUGAUUCUAUUCUAGAUAAGCAAGGCAUCUUAUUGGCACAGGAAAAUAUUGAGGGAAUCAAAGAAGAAAUAGCUUAUGAAAAAAAACUCACCGAUGAAUUCGAAAAAGAAUUAACAUCACGUAUUCAAGCUUAUCAAAGCGGUAUUCAAUGUGCAAAUUACGGUGAAAUAACACCAAACCACAAAUAUUUAAAUCGUUACUUUUUUUUGUAUUUUUAG